CGGUUCCUCUGUGCCAGAUCGGCGGGGGAUUUGUUGAACACCAUCCUCCAUCUUCCUGGCAAAUUCAGGCCGGUGCCGCCUCGAAUUACUCCUCGAGUCUUAUUCAUUCUUCUUCUCCGGGGUCUGUCAAUAGUCGAGCGCCCUGUUACACAAAAGUGAACAGGCAAACAUUCUCGAAGUGUCCUGCAGCUGAACUUCUCCAUCGGUGUCAAAAUGGCGAGCUGCAAAGCCAGUUUUGUGUCGAUCUUGAACAACGACGACAACCCGGCCUUCACCGUUCGGUCAGCCCCAAGGCUCUCGAGACAGCAAACGGUGUCAUCCUAUCCUUAUCACUAUGAAUCCCAACAGCCGAUCCCGGCGCCAGAGUUCCGCUACCACCAUGCAUAUGUGAACUCCCCAUCGGUAUCGCCGGGGUUGGCGCGCCACCCAUUUGACCCGGUGUCCGAACCCACGCAGCCCACGUCGCCCGGCUCCUCGGAUUGCUCCUACGACUACAUGAGCAGCACCAGCGUUCGCUCGCACUACCACCUCAGCCGCCAGGAUCCCAAUGCUUACCGCCCUCUCUCCGACAAGCGCAUUAGCGGCAGCUCCGUUGCCGAGCCCCCGUCGCCGCAACCCUCGAUCGGCAGCACCAAAGAGUCUAUGGCGGCCAAAUCCGGGGUCCGCAAGAACAAGUACCCCUGUCCCUUUGCUGCUAGCCAUGGCUGCUCAGCGACAUUCACGACCUCGGGACAUGCCGCCCGCCACGGCAAGAAGCACACGGGGGAGAAGAGCGUCCACUGCCCCAUCUGCAACAAGGCCUUUACGCGAAAGGACAACAUGAAGCAGCACAUCCGCACUCACCGCACGCACUCAGAAGAGAUGCCGACGGCGAUGGCGACGGAUCGGGACAGUGAUGGCAGUGGGAGCUGGUCGACACGGAGGAGCAACGCCUCGGUCUACAACCACCAACGCUCCAUCAGUGGGACGCAGAUGGACAGCCCGUACGACGGCUCGAUGCCCGCCAGUGGCAGUCAUCGAGCGUAUGAACCGAUGGCGUCACGAGUAUGAUGAGUGAGCGGAUACGUGAGAAGAGCAUGACCUUUCCAUUCUCUGGAUAUCCUUAA